GAUAAUCGUAUCGAUAGAAGCGGCGAUAAUGUAAGGCUGGCUCUAAGCGAGCUUAUGCCUAGCUACGGUUAUAAAACCCGGAGAAGAUCGCUCAGCCUACUCCACCCAUCUGGCCCGCCGUCAACCGCACCCAGCAAAUCACGUAAAUACCGACGGGUCGCAUUCAUUGUUUACCUCCCUCUUCCACAUCUCCCUUCGCCAAAACAAUCACAAUUGCAACAUGACAACCCUCAACAUGGCCUUCAGCGAGGAACAGAUCCAGAUUAUCGCGGGGAAUCCACUCAACGAAUCAUUGAAGUAUAUUCGCGCCAAAUUUUGCGACUGCGCCGAUGCCUCGACGGACGAGAGUGAUGUGAUCGGCCUCCUGGGUGCGCUCGUCGUCUCUCCAGUGGCUUUAAACCUGCCAGCACCAGACGGAAACGGAAAUGUUGCGAUAAGGCUGGCCACCGUACUGCAGACUUUCCUUCUUGGCUCUCUCGAACCCGAAAAACUCAGACCACUCCUUGAUGUCGUCAAUUCUUCCGACACCGACAUAUGGGCUGCUGUCUACGACUUCCUCAACACAAUCAACCCGCUGACUCCCCCGUGGUCGACCACCAUGCCUACCUUCGUCGGAUCACCGGUCAAGGCGAACUCGAGCUGGCUGGCCGACAGCGAAAAGCGCGAAACUGUCGAGGGCGAACUCUUCCACGAGAUCAAGAAAUGCACCUUCCGCGCCGUGAAGGGGUUCUGGGACAAGUUCCUCAAACCCGAGCGUUGGCGCAAGGACCAGAAGGCAAUGCUGCGCGGGGUGAUGUCGGCGCACAACGGACAAAGGUGGACGGAGUUCCCUUCCACGCCGGACGAACAACCGGUCUGGGACUGGCUUCGCUCGCUAGAGGAGCGCUUCCUGGCUGAUACAACCUACAAGCUGCACACGACCAAAACGGCGGCCCAGUUCAAGGGACCGAAAGGCCAGAUGGAUCUCUUCUUCCAGAUCCCGACGCCGGCGUCGAACAAUAAAUUCGAGUACAAGAACGUUCUUGUGGUCGGGGAGCAGAAGAGGACCUACCAUACGGACCGGUUCAAGUCGACGCUGCUCCAGCUGGCGCGCCAUGUGCGCGGCGUCUUUUCUGACCAACCUACGCGCCGGUUCGUUCACGCCUUCACGCUCUCCGGCUCCAUUAUGGAGCUCUGGAUUUUCGAUCGGUCAGGACCGUACAGCUCAGGGCCCUUCGACAUCCACGAGGAGCCAAGGAUGUUUGCGCGCGCCCUCGUUGGGUACGCGACCAUGGGCGACGACGAGAUGGGCCUGGACACGUUCAUCGAGCGGGGGGGUGCGCAUCGGCACGUCACACUGGACGGCACCGGCGGCAAAGAGACGAAGAUGCAACUGGUGAAGGCGAUGGUGAGGCAGCAUGCCAUCGUGUGUCGCGGGACCACGUGCUACAAGACGAAAGACGGCCACGUCGCUAAGUUCUCGUGGGCGUCGGACAAGCGGAAACUGGAGGUGGAACAGCUGAAGCUGGCGGAAGAGCGAGGGGUCGAGGGCGUGGCUAGAGUGGUAGCGCAUCGACGAAUCACGACGAUCGCCGACCUGCGGGAGGGACUGAAGUUUCCAAAGGUCCACCAUUUCCGAGACGAGGCGGUGCACUUCGAGGGUCUCCCGGCGGCGGGGAGCUCAAAGACGUCAGGCCACGAGCGCAAAUCAUCAUCCAAUAACACAUCCGAUACGCCCGGGCCCAAGCGACGGCGAUCCAGUCGCAAGUCCAAGUUUGCGCAGAAGCUGGACAACCAGCUAUCGGUGGGCAAGAACAAACCGAGUCUGUACAUGGAAGACGAAGAGCCAUGGGAGAAUAGGAUCUAUGUCUGUCUGGUCGUCUCGCCCGCGGGUCGCGUGAUCAGCGACUUCAGGAAUAUCAAGGAACUGCUGGAGCCGAUGCGAGACGCAAUCAGGGCACACCGGUCUCUAUACACAGUCGGCAACAUCCUCCACCGGGAUAUUUCGUCGAACAACAUCCUCAUUACGGAGCCAAGGACGGAGAACGACUUCAAGGGCAUGCUCAUCGACCUUGAUCUAGCUAAGGUGAGAGACAGUGGCCCGAGUGGCGCGCGGCACCAGACGGGCACAAUGCAGUUCAUGGCGGUGGAGGUGUUGUGUAAGGUGGACCACACGUACCGGCACGACCUGGAGUCGUUCUUCUACGUCCUGUUGUGGAUGUGCGCGCGUCAAUCGUGGAGUAACGGGUUUGCGGGCCAAAGGCAGCCGCCUAAGGUGAGCCUCCUUCGGAGAUGGGAGAUGGGGGAUUUUGACACUAUUGCUCAAUCCAAAGCCGGCGAUAUGUCGGUAUUUGGGCUUGAGCGGAUCAUGAGGGAGUUUCCCGACGCGUUAGAUGCUGUCAAGCCGCUCUGUUUAAGGAUCCGGAAGCUUCUCUUUCCUCAUGACAAGGAUGAAAGGAUGAUCUUUGGGACACCUGUAGGAGCGCCGGAUCAACUGUACAGACCUAUGAUAGCAGCAUACGACGAGGAAAUUAGCAAGCUGUAGAGAAUAUCAGCCCGAGUUGAUAAUACUUGCCAUUCAAGACAGAAU